AUGAACCCUGAUACGAUUUUUUUUCCUCCGGAGACGUCGCGUUUUUCUACCCUGAGACUUGCACAAACAAAUGGCCCCUUUGCACUGGAGGCGGCGUUUCGUGCAGACACGGACCUACGAAAAGUAAACCUGAUAAUUGGAGCAUACAGGGACGAUGAAGAAAAGCCAUGGCAUCUCCCUUCUGUCACCGAGGCAAAGCGUCGGCUGGAGCUCGGACAUUCCCACCACGAAUACUUGCCACUUCAAGGAAGUCCCAAGUUUGUUGAGGUAUCAAAGCAAGUUCUGUUCGGACCGAAAAUCGUUCAACAGCAGCAGCCAUUUUUAGCUUCGAUUCAGACAGUAUCAGGCACCGGUGCCAACAGCUUGGUUGCCAUGUUCUUGGAGCAGAAACACCUUCGUCCGACCAACAUUUGGCUGCUAAACCUGACGUGGAUCAACCACGGUGAUAUAUGGAAAGUAAACGCACCGAAUGUCAGUGUGCAGUGGUAUCCAUACUAUAACGAUGCUAAGCGCGCGUUGGAUUUUGAUGCGAUGAUGGAGACUCUGCAACGUAAUUGCCUAGAGCAUGAUACCAUCCUCUUCCAUGCCUGUGCUCACAACCCUACGGGAAGAGACCCCUCGCAGCAGCAAUGGAGGGAGCUGGCUCACCUAUGUCUCAAGAAAAGACUCUUUGUGAUAUUCGACUCGGCUUAUCAGGGAUGUGCUUCUGGAGAUCUCGAUAGGGAUGCAUGGGCCAUCCGACACUUUGUCUCGCACCCUUCGAUCGAACUUGCAGUCUGUCAGUCAUUCUCCAAGAACCUGGGCUUGUAUGGCGAGCGUGUGGGGGCAUUGCAUUUGAUGGUGCAUCGCUCGAACCCGAAUGGACCCAACUUAGCCAAGGCUGUCCAGAACAACCUCAUCGAUCUGCAACGAGCUUGUGUCUCCAUGGCACCGCUAUUCGGGAGUCGCGUCGCGAGUGAAGUGCUAGGAAAUGAGGAUCUACAGCAGAUGUGGAAGAGCGACCUGUCAACAAUGAGCGGGCGCAUCAGAGCCAUGCGAUCGGCCCUCCGUGAUGAGCUUUUGAAGCUGCAAACCCCUGGAAGCUGGGACCACAUUACUGAGCAGACUGGCAUGUUCUCCUGCACAGGGUUGAGCAAGGAGCAGGUUGAGGACUUGCAGCUGAAGCAUCACAUCUACCUACUUCCUACCGGGCGGGCGUCUAUGUGUGGCGUUACAAGUACGAAUGUCUCCUAUAUUGCUAGGGCUAUCCAUGAGGUGGUUUCCGGGCAGCCAGCCGACAUGUUACCGAAGUGA